GACUCGCGGCCGCCGCCCCGUCAUUUUGAGCCGAGCCCUAGGCGCUGGCAGCUCCAGCCUCCCGGAGCCCGGCGGGGCUGGGCUUCCCGGCGCCGGUGCUCGCCCGCUGCUUCGCGGUUCCGCUGUUCCGGCCGCCGGGAGCCGCUGUCGUGUUGCCGCAGAGACCCCGACGCCGCCGGCCCGCGGAACCAAUGAGAACUCCGCCGCUUCCGCUGGCGCUCUCAGUGCUGUGGCUGCUCGUCUUAGGCUCAGGCCAUUAUGCAGCUGGGUUGGAACUCAAUGACACCAGCUCUCGGAAAGGAGAACCGUCCUCUGGGGACCACAGUGCUGGUGGACUUGUGGUUUCUGAGGUCUCUACCAUAAGCGAAAUGCCUUCUGGCAGUGAACUCUCCACAGGGGACUAUGACUACUCGGAGGAGUAUGAUAACGAACCACAAAUAUCCGGCUAUAUUGUGGACGACUCAGUCAGAGUUGAACAGGUGAUUAAGCCUAAGGAAAACAAGACGGAAGGAGAAAAGUCUUCAGAAAAACCCAAAAGAAAGAAAAAGGGAGGCAAAGGCGGAAAAGGCAGAAGAAACCGGAAGAAGAAAAAGAAUCCGUGUGCCGCCAAGUUUCAGAACUUCUGCAUUCAUGGUGAAUGCAGAUACAUCGAGAACCUGGAGGUGGUGACCUGCCAUUGUCAUCAGGAUUACUUUGGCGAACGGUGUGGAGAAAAAACCAUGAAGACUCAGAAGAAGGAUGACAACGACCUAUCCAAGAUCGCGUUAGCAGCCAUAAUUGUCUUUGUCUCCGCCAUAAGCAUCGCAGCUAUUGGCAUCAUUACCGCCAUCCUGUAAGUACAGCUUCGGAAACGAUUCUUCAGGGGAUAUGAAGAAGCAGAAGAAAGAAGGAGGCUGCGGCAAGAAAACGGGACUGCACAUGCCAUAGCCUAGCUGAUGACAAUUCAGGUUUGGCCUUUAAACUUCAUCUCCCAGUUAGAGACUAUAAUUUUGAAAACGAAAACAAAGCUCAAGGCAAAAGGAAGAAUCCAUUCUUAGUUUCGAGUGCACAUGGAUAGCUGUUUUAGGGAAAUGUUAUUCUUUG